AUGGAAAAUCUCGGUUUAGAUCAAGUCUGUCUCUUGGCAGCCUUCAUCAUUGUGUUGCUCCUGAACAUGAGCAGAGUUCUCUUUGCUUACCCAUGUAGAUGGAUGGUGGGCAAUGGGGAGUGUGUCUUUGCCCUGGUCACCGGUCCACUUUUCCUCAUGACCAUCUGGAGCCUGGUUUUACUGAACAUCUCAGAGCCGGGCAUCAUACUUCGAGGCUCCUUUGAGGAGAACCCCAGGACAGCAUACACAGCAUGGAUGAAUCAGAGUGCAUUUCCCAUGCCCUGGUGCCCCAUGUGUAGUUUCCACCGGCCACCUCAGACUUUCCACUGUCCCUCUUGUAAUAUCUGUGUGGAGGAGUUUGACCAUCACUGCAAGUGGGCCAACAACUGCGUGGGUCACCGAAACAUCAGGAUCUUCAUGCUGCUGCUGGGGUCCCUUUGUUUGUACCUUGCUGUCCUGCUGGUGACUUGUGUGAUCUUCCUUGUGCGUACCAGAGAUCUGCCAUUCUCCUUGGACAAAGCCAUGGCGUAUCCACACAGUUCCAAGGGCCCCCACUGGGAACAGCAGGGCUUGCAGAGAGGGAGGGCUGGACAGCCAAAGGUGAGUAACGAGGGUGCGGCUGAUGUAGUUGGGGCUAGAGGCAAAAGCCAGUUGCCAAGUCCUGUCAAGGCCAUGUUGAAGCUCUGGGAGCCAGGUGCCACAUUAAGCAUACCACUCAGGCAUUCACUGGAAAAACGUGUGGUACAAGAAACUGAGGUCUCGGGGCAACAGCUGUGUGUGAGAACCUUCUUUGGUAUGGGUCUUGCUGUCAUCCUUGAGCUUCAGAUAACUGCCGGAAUGACUAACAUCUUGAUGACAAGCUCAGGAAAGACUGAGCUGGAAUGA